AUGGCGAUGCCAUGCCCACGUAAGGAUCUUGAUACAAGAUCAUCGGUGUCAAAGCCUGAAAUCUCGACAUUUCCGCAUUCUGAAACAGACUUGAACUCCGGUGAUGACGCUGGUGCUGUGGUGUUUCUGUUCCCACCACCAGGACGAAAACCUUGGACCAUACAGCGGAUAUGGCUAGCUUGCAAGCUGUGGGUGCUGGAUCGCUUGAAGCCUGCGGAUGACAAUGGUGCUAGUGAAAAGGUAGGUCAUCCCGGCUGUACACGGACACAACCUUGGAAGGCGAUUCUGAUGAUCCAUGUUCAGCGGGUUGAUGUCCUCUUCGAUAAGCAUGAGAGCAGCGCAGAAUUGCUGCAGAAAAUCUAUGCUCGGAACAAAUUAUGGUACCUGGAGGUCAUUGCUGUGCAUCCCUCGCUGCAAUCACGCGGACUGGGUGGGGGUGUAAUGAGAUGGAUCCUAGAGCAUGUCCACAAUGAGCCGAUUUAUCUUGAAUGCACGCGGAAGGAGAAUGUUGGGUUCUAUGAAAGGUUUGGUUUUGAGGUUGUUGAAGAGGUUGAAUUGGUAGAUGAGCAGGAAGUUCUCAGGCAUUGGGUGAUGGUUCGUCCAGGCGUACUGUGA